GGUUGUCCCAGUGAGUUGAGUGUGUUUCUUACCUGCUCACGUUCAAAGGAGUGCCAGAGAGUGGCAGGCGAGCGAGGGAGCGAGGGAACUAAAGCACUGAACUGUCCUCACAUCCUUCAACUACUUAUGACCGACACACCCAAAACAACUCAUCAGGAAAUGCAUCGGAAUAUAUAUUUUAUACAUAAUAUUGUUUUAAACCAGGAUGUGAAGCCUCAACCGACGGAGUAAGGACUGUUUUUUUUUUAAAGGAGACAGUUUCCUUCUACAUCUGCACCAGUAGGAAUGGGAGAAAUCGGCAGAAGGUCUAAAGGUACAAAGUCAUGGGAAUCGCUUCAGCGGUGGAUUUUACUCCUGGCAUCAUUUUGCAGCUAUGAAGCUGUAGUUGACGACUGCAAAUGUGACAACAGUCUUGAUUUCAGGACAUUUAACUUCAGCAAUGCUAGAGAACAGUGUUGCUUAAACUUCACUGGUUCUUCCAUCGGUGUUCUUCACUGGAAUGUCUUCACUGGCCUGACAGGACUGCGGGUCCUCGACCUGUCAAGUUGUAAUAUAUCUGACAUCUUAUCUACGGAUGAAAAUCUGAGCUCCCUGGAAAUCCUAUACCUAGACCACAAUCAUUUAGAGAAACUACCUUCUCACUUCCUAGCGAAUGCACCCAAUCUAAAAGUCCUUCAUCUGGAGGGAAACCAUCUUCAAGAUUUACCAGAGGACAUUUUAGAUGCUUCAGACCAGAUUCAGGAGCUGUACUUGGAUUCUAAUAAUCUGGUUUCUAUUCCUCUCACUGCCUUUAAACCAAACCUUGAAAAAUUGUCUCUUUUCAAUAACACUUUGCAGUGUACUUGUGCCUUGUACGAUUCAGUGGCAAAAUACAAUGCAAGUGUCACUGGGUUGGAAAAUGGGCCCAAGUGCUACACCACGAACCACCCAAAAGGCCUUCACAUCAUAGACAUUCAUCGCUCAGAUAUCUGCAGGUCCCAUGGCCUCACUGCUCUCUUCAUUUGCCUCCCAUUUAUCUUGAUUAUUGCUUUAGUGUUGGGCUGCUUCUGCUGUAGAAGAAGAAGCUCUGUUUUUAAAGCAAUUAGGCAAGAUAAUCACAUUUGUACCGUGGAGAAGUCGGGCUUUGCAAACAUGGAGGACCAUCACUACAUAACAUGCAGGACCCCAGAAUCAACUCCUACCCUCACAGGACACGAUAACAGCCUGCUGGCCAGAAACCAGCUGAUGUUGCGCCCUUCAGCGGCAUUGUUAGGCAGUAGUCGGGACUUGUACGAGGAGGUGGAGAUAAGGCUCGGUGGUUCUGUUGACUCCAUUGUACUUGCUGAUGACAUUUACCUCAAUAUGUCCACUAAUAAAGCGGAAGAAGAUGAUGCCAUCGAGGAAGUCCACGCUCAGCCGGAAUUGGUGAGCGCGGCAGAGGAGCUGCAAGAGGUAGAUCGGCAAAGGCUCUACAUGAAUAAAUCAGCAAAUUACUAUAAUCUAGUUCCUGGUAUUGAACUGGAUGACUCCGACCAUGGCGAAUAUGAAAAUGUUGACUUGGCUUAACGAAUUUAGGGCCAUUUGUAUAGAAAGCUACACAAAAUAUAGAUCAAAACAUUCGCAACGUGACAAACCACUACACAAAGGUUGUGAUGGUGGCAGAGGAUCACAUGUAUGCACUGACGAAGAAGGGAAAUGGGAUACUUGCUGGAAAUGGAAACGCUACUGAGGGUAAAAUGUAGGCUUAUGUUUGGGAUUACGAAACUGGUUUAACGUAAGGAAUGUCAAAGUCAAGUUCCCAGCUCAGUUUCAUUUAGAUACUAUCUGCUGUCAGCUUCUGAUGAUGAUAAUCUAAACUCAUUGGGGUAAAUGCAGAGAUUUUUUUUUUAAAUGAGAGAUGAGAGAUAAGAUUCAACUUGGUCCCAUGAUGUUAAUUGUGGCUCUUUUCUUUUCAAGGACAGUCUUGUAUCAAAACGAGGACCAAGUGGGAACUUGUUUUAACUGUUUUUAAGACAUACUCUUAAUAGUCUAGAAUAUGAAUCUAAAACCAGAUCACCAGUUUUACUCUACCUACCAGCAAGAAAUGGGUGAGUUUAGCUCAGAUCCCCAUUUUAUAUUCUAAAUGAAUUAACUUAAUGGAGCAUGAUGUAAGAUGUGCUUCCCGUUAGAUACAACGCCUAAAGGGCCUGUCCCACUUGGGCGUCAUUUGCACGUCACCCAGGUGGCGCGCGAGGAUUUUGAGAAUCCCAAAAAUCUUGGGGCGCCGCGCGCUAUCGUGCGUCACUGCCUAUGUCACCACGCGUAAUGCACGCCAUGCGCAUGUUAUGACGCGCGUAUCGUGCAUCGAGAUGCGUAAAUUAUGUUGCAUAAAUGACGCCCAAGUGGGGCAAGCCCUUGAUCAUUCAUAGAGUUAGGGUAAAAUUAAAGCUGAAAAGUUUGAUCAGGCUUCUCUCUCUGUGUUGAGCGAUUGAGUAUUAAAUUCAAGUAAUUAGAAUGGAGAAGAGAUUGGUUACCUUGUUGCUGUGCCCAUAUCUGAUCUUUCUCAAUCUUCCCCCACUCUACCGGAUGGACAGGGUGCGACAGCCAGCUAUACGGGUUUGGUGAGAUUUUUGCAAUAGUCUCCUGGCAGCUCUUGGAUUUGUUUUGCGUGCUUUGUGAAUAAAUGUUGUAUUUAUAGUGUAUUAAUAUUCAGUAGUUCAUCCAAGUCGCAAUACGAAUGGAUGAAUUAUCAGUCAUAUUGGCCAGCAUAGUGCUUAAAGCAGCAGGUAGAUGGGCUUCAAGGCCUGUUGUAAUCUUUCCGUAUUUAAAACCAACAUGAUGAUAACACACACCUCUCCUACUUAGGCACAAAGUGCUGGAGUGACUCAGUGGGUCAGGCAGUAUCUCUGGAGAAAAAAGGGAUGGGUGAGGUUUUCUACACCCCUCCCACCUAGAACAGAUGGGCAAUAAGACAGAGCCCAGCUCCCAUCAACACACUCCAGUUACCACCCCUUCAACGCAUGCCACAGCCCAUCAUCGGACACAAGGCGGGGGUGGCAGCGCCACAGGCAGAUCUGCACGUCUGUCGAUACCACUUUGAAAGAUCUGUUGAUGCCACUACUGAACUUCCCUUCAUUUUUGUUGGCUGCAAUCUCACAGUAGCAUGCCAGCAGUAGACACUCCCAGAACCCACUCUGUGCCCUGACUGAGGGAUUCUCCACGGAGCAACGCUUCCACCAUCUUAUAAAAGAUAUCUCCUGCAUCUUGUCAUAGACACCCAGCAUGGAAUUUUGCCACAGGCCGUCUUAAGCUCUGUAAAUUCACUGGAGAUUUCCCUGCAGACCAGAUGAGCCUUGUCCUGUAGUGGAGUUAUGGCAACAUCUGCAACUCCCUCCCCAACCCUCCUAGAACCUCCUCGGAAAAGUAUAAUCCAGUCUGAAAAUCCGUAAAAAGACUCAACACUCCUGAACCCAUAUCUAUCUUCACCAAACAUCCCAAGUAUCCCAACAGGAUUACUGUGAUAGACGGGAGGGAGGGUAGCGCGGCAGUAAAGUUGCUGCCUUACAGCGCUGGAGACCUGGGUUUGAUCCCGACUACAGGUGCUGUCUGGAUGGAGGUUGUACGUCCCCCCCUAGACCGCGUGGGUUUUCUCCUGUUUCCGCGCUGUAUCUCUAAACUAAACUAAAUGUAAUGAGGGAGCUUUGCCAUUUGUUACGCUUUCUAACCAGGAGAUAACAAGCUUCAAUGCAACCCGACUUUCUGGUUCCUAUUUAAGGUCAGUACUGAUCAAAUUAAAAAACGUUUCCCCUAUUCAAUGGCACAUUUACACUCUGAGCCACCCUUUGGAAAAACGAUUUUACAGAAAUCAAAACAUGUGGUUAAAUGAACACCUUUGCACCCGGAACAGUGUUGUGGGAUGGUUGGCAAACUAUCAGCUCCCUCACUGCCUACGCAAACAGUGGAAAAUGCCAUGAAGUGUUGGAUUAUGAUCUAGAAGCAAAAGAUUGUCUAUACUUAUAUAGAGCCCUCAUAGUUUUCAAUAAUUUGUUCUUUGAUGAUUUUAUAUACUGAUAUUUCUUCAUGAUUUUUAAGCAAGCCAGUGUUGUAGCUUGUAUUAAUAGCAAUAAUAUAACACUUUUGUGCUUUCCAAUGUAUUUUAUGUCCUUUGGGCUUGGAAAUAUUAUUUAAUAUAUUAAAACAAUUGGUCAUAAUAAUGUGCCCAGUCUCAACAUUGCUGUACAAGGAGCUGGAGACUUCCUAACUAUAUUAACUUCAGAAAGAGGUUUAAUAAUAUUAAAUAAAACACUCUCUGUCCAUACAGUAAACUCAGUCCCAUGAUUUGGGCGCUUCCAGAGUUAAAAGAAACAUCUAAAUAACUCAUGGAAAGAACAGAUUUGGAGGGAUAUGGACCAAAUGGUGGCAGGUGGGACUAGUAUAGAUGGGACACGUUGGCCGAUGAGGGCAAGUUGGGCCAAAGGGCCUGUUUCCACGCUGUAUGACUCUAACUAUUCAGUAAACCCUCGCAAUAUCAGACGACAAGGUGGGGGGGGAAGGAUGGUGUACAUU